CAGUAUAGUAUUGAUUAUAUUACUUUCAAGAAAUUCCUUACAGUAAAUUGAUUGAAUUAUAAUUGCUAUUAUUAUCUAAGAAAUAUAUCAUAUACUAUGGCUGAAGAUCAUCAUCAUCAUGAUCAUGUAUGCGAAUCUGAUAGUGGAGUUCGUCAAACUAUUUCAGAAAUGGAUUUCGAUCGUGGAAUUUGGUAUGCAGCUCAAGUAAAUGAUUGUGAACGUUUGAAAUAUCUUUUAAGUAAAGGAAUUUCAGCAUCAGCGACGGAUUCUGCUGGCUAUACCGCUCUUCAUUAUGCUGCUCGUAGUGGACAUCUAGCAAUUUGUAGUUUACUGCUGGAACAUGGUGCAGAUGUUAAUGCAGUAACGAAAUCUGGUCGAGCAACUCCUCUUCAUCGAGCUGCUAUGAUGGGUAACAUCGAAAUGGUUGAAUUUUUGCUGAAACAUAAAGCUAAUUGUAAUAUUCAAGACUCUGAUGGGUACACACCACUCCAUCGAGCAGUUUUAUCUAAUUUCCCAGCUGUUUGGGAUAUUCUUAAAUUCAAAACUGAUAUCAACAUUCGUGAUAAACAUGGCAAAACUGCCCAAGAAUUAGCAGGUUCCAACAAGAAUAAUUUUCUUCUUGAUUAGAUAAUAAAGAAUUCAAUUAAUUUAUUGCUACAUUUUUAUAAUUAUUAUAGUUACGAUUUUGUUCAUAGUUUUUCUCAAUCUUCUAAUAAAUAAUAACGGGAUAAGUUCAUCUAAAUUUAGAAUGAAGUUUAUAAAACAAUUAUCGAUAGAACAUGUAUAUAAGUGAUAAUAUUUCUUUACAAUCGUCCAUUAUCAUAAAACAAACACUUUUAAAUCUAUAGUUUUAUGAAUUAGAAAUAAUGGUAAAUAAUUGUAUAUUUCCUUCAGAAGCUAAAAGAAUGAUCGAUGAUUUUCAUGAAAAAAUCAUUUAACAAUAAAGCAUUUUUAUGCAUGAUAAGUUAUCAUUGAUACGAUAUCAGUGAUGAUUCUUGAUACUUGUUAAAACGUAAGAUCCUUUUAUUGAAAACAAUUCGACUGCAUUAUUUACAACAUUCUAAAUUUCAAAGAAAAGACAUCAAUUAUUUUGAAGCAUAGAAUUAAAAGUACUUUCUUAAUUAUGGCUACUACAACUACAUAUCGAUAUAUAAUGUUGGUUGGUGAUAUUUAUUAUUUUACACCUUAUGGAUUGAAUGAGCAAGAAUUAACUGCAAUUUGUGAAGCAUUUCCUCACUAUCCUGUUCCAGCUAAUGGAAAAAAAUCAACAGGAGCAGUGGUUCAAGCUAUUAAUGCUUUAGCUAAUUUGGGUUACCAUAUUACUACUACAACUUUUAAGAACAAUGCAAAUCAGUUGGUUUGGAUGUUGGAAAAAACUAUUACAAGUCCAUAAGUCAAGUCAUAUCUAAAAUUAUUUGAUGACA